AUGGAGAAAAGAGAGCUUCAAUUGCUUGAGAUGAUCAGGAGAGUGGCAUUUUUAAUUUAUUACAAAUGUUCAUUUCAUCCAAUGAACAACACCCGCAAGGGCCCAGGGCCUGGGCUUGCAAGCUGUUGGGAAUUCAUUGUCAUGCCAAUUCACAUAUACAAUUCUCACAUUUUGCCACUCUUCUUUGGUGACACCCAACAAUGGUAUCAACAUGAAGAAGCCAACCUCCUGAAGCUUGUGAACCUGGGACACCAGCAGAAAACCUACCUGAAGAACAAACCCAACAUUGCAACCUCAGAGAGAGAGUCUACCUUAGCAUCAAGAGAUGAAAUCCAACAACUUCAUGAGAAAACCAAACUACUAAAGAGAAUGGCAAAAUGGCAAGAAAAGUUGAAUACUCUCCAGGCCACCCAAAAGCACUCACAAAGUAAAUUUCUUGAUAUGGCCACCUCCAACCCAACACCCACAAAGCAUCCAUCAGUCUUGAGAUCACCACAACACAUGAAGCUCUAUCAGACUGGCUCCUAUACAAAAUAUCAGUGGUUUAUCUCCAGCAUUGAAUCCACUUGUGAUACAAGCAAAUUGGAUGAUGAGGAAAUCCUCACAUAUGCCCUUACAGAACUUGAUUACAUUGAAAAAGAUCUCUGGAAGAUUUACUGCAAAAACAACUUACUGAAGAAUAACUGGAAUGAUCUCAAGGAAUUUCUACACACAAGACUAGAAGAUCCAGCAAACUGCACACAAAACUCUUGA